UGCCCAAGUAACAAAAGUAUUAUCAGUAAUGAUUGUAUCGACGUAUAUACAACAAUCCAAAACAGCAAUAGCUUACAUAUAUCAGAAUGAAAUUGGUAUAUAAUAACCUCAGUAGCACGGUUGCUACAACGAAAAUGGGAAUUAUCUCACUGAAUAUACGCCUGUUGUACCAAUGUAAUAACAACUUCUUAUAAAACCAAUAUCUGUAAAUAUUCAUUUCAGUUAUGUGAUAGGUUUUGCAGUACGAUUAUACGACUGUUGUACAGGUGUAAUUACAACUCCUUAUAUAACUCAUAUGUGUAAAUAUCUAUAUUAGGUUUUGCAGUCAUACAAAACCAUCCUAAUAUAUGUUGAUACAACAUAGUUAAUAUCGUUUAUACAACUUUAAACUAAUAUGAAAAAAAUAUUUUUUUCUCAUUUGAUUGAUAUAUAUCUAGACAUUAUUUUCUGAUCUGAGAACACUCAUAGAUGAGAACGGGAACCUUUUAAUCUUCAUAGACCAGACAAAUCACCUUAACAUUCUCUUACAAUAUUCAAACCUUCCCGCCAGGGGCUCGAACCUUCGUCUGCCAAGUCUAACCAAAUGGAAGCUAUCCUCUCUGCACCCUACGCUAAACGAGAUCUUGUCAAUCGUAACAUAAAUAAUCAAUAUAAUGUUUUAUAUUAACAUAAUGUUGGUUAUAUGUGUAAUCAUUCAAACCACCUGAACUAAAUAAAGUCACAGUUUGAAAUUAAUAAAUUCUGUCUAUGGAUAGAUAUUAGAUAUACGUCUAUGGUUAAUUGGUUAUCUGUCUCACUGUCUGUAGACAAUAUCCAACGUCCAGAUUAAUAUUAAAUAUUAAUUUACAAAUAGUAGUCUGAAUACAAUUCCGAAUAAUGUUUAGAAUUGUAAAAACUUUAGAGGAUGGUGAGGUGUUUUUUACAUCAGUGCCAUCAUCGUGGAUUAGAGAUAAUUUUUUAUACUUUCCAAUCGGAAAUUGGAAAAAGUUCAGAAAAGAACAACGAGCACCCGAAAGAGAUUGGACCAAAAUACCAUAUUCUGAAGUGAGGAAGGAGGUUUAUGAUAACCUAACAGAAGCUCUAGCUGCGGAAAAGAAAAUUACAGCCUUUGAGAAUACUGAGGAAGAGGAAACGUAUCUUGAGAAUAAAAAGUCACAAAGAUUACAUCCUGCUAGGAGUACCAUAAAAGAGUUAAAAAAAAACUUUGAUUACAAUGAUGAAGUAAAUUCCACAUAUUACCAGAACACCGUGUGCCUAUCUACUAAUCCAGUGUCGAGCCCUGCAGUCUCUGGAGUCUCUGGAGGUUCAGAAGAAAUUAAUAUUAAUUCUACUCUUGAAAACAAUGCAUGCUUUCUUUUUCAAGAUGAUCUCAAAAUUCCAGAAAUUACUGAAUUAAAAGAAGAAGUUAGAGAAAUUCACCGAAAAGUUGAAACAAAUAGUGAAGAAAUUUCCAAACUCCAUUAUGAAAUAGUUAAACUACACUCAAAAGCAGACCAAAUAUUGCACUUACUAAACAACAGAGUUACUAUAAUGGACAAUAGAACACUAAUAGGGUUACAAAAUGACAAUAACAAUGAAGUCUCCAGAGAAAAUGAGCUCUUCAAAUUUCCAAUUGACAAUUCAGAAAACUUGGACCUAUUAGAGACUAAAUUGAGAGAGAAAGAAUUUUUCAAACACAUAUUUAUACAGUUCAGUCCAGAAUUUUCGAAUACUGGUUAUAAAUGGAAACAGAUUGCCUAUAUACUCGUAGAUCGAAUAUUUAAUAGGCAAUUAUUAACUGAUUAUUCCUGGACUGGAUUUUCAAAAAAUAAUACAAAAAAAAGUUUCAGCAGCUUGGUUUUCGUGAACCGAUUAUUCUUUCAAAUUGUUAAAAAAGCAGAUGAUUCUUACACAGAAUUACUACACGAAGAAUUUUUCAAAAUGGCCAUCCUGAAGUACAGUAGCAUUAGAGCAAAAACGGCUCUAAACCCAAAAAGAACAUCAGCCCCAAGAACAAAAAUUGCAAGAGCAAAACUGCAAUUGGAAUUGCCUGAUGAAGAAAGGGACAAGACAAACGAAGAGGAAUCCUUACAUAGGCAUGAUAAAACCUAUGUAACUGGAUAUGAGGAAUGUGAUUAGAGACAAAAAUGAAAUAACAGUAUAAAAGUUUAUAUUUUAUAGUAUUAUUAGUAUUUCUGAUACUAU